AAUCAAUUAUUUUGUGUGAAUUCCAUGACUUAAUAGGCAAAUAAGCCAUUCUAUAGUAUCCACAUGAGUAAAAAACAUGAAUAUCUUUUCAAUUUAGAUAAGCAAUAAAUAUUGAGAUAUUGGGAGAUUUUUUGUUACCCAAAGAAGAACUUGGUGGCAAAUUACUUAUGAUGUAUUUAUUAAUGAUUAUAAUGUAGAGAAUAUCAAU